AUGGCGCUCCCUCCCCCUUCCAGGCUUGGUCGUUAUCGCAUCCUGUCGCCCAACUGCGGCCUGCGCGUGUCGCCGCUCCAGCUCGGUGCCAUGAGCCUGGGCAACGUUUGGGACUUCAUGGGGCCCAUCACCAAGGAGCAGGGCUUCGAGCUGCUGGACAAGUACUAUGACCUCGGUGGCAACUUUAUCGACACGGCCAACACGUACCACAAGGGACAGAGCGAGGAGUGGAUUGGCGAGUGGAUGCAGAAGAGGGGCAACAGGGACGAGAUUGUGCUGGCUACCAAGUACACGUCCAACCCGUUCAACGGGCUUGUGGACCAGCACCCCAUCCAGGUCAACCUCGCGGGCAACUCGCUCAAGUCGAUGGUGACGUCGCUCGAGCACAGCCUGAAGCGCCUCCAGACGACCUAUGUGGACAUCUUCUACGUCCAUUACUGGGACUGGACCACGCCUGUGGCCGAGCUCAUGCAAGGCCUCAACAACCUCGUCAAGGCCGGCAAGGUUCUCUACCUCGGCAUCUCGGACACGCCAGCCUGGGUCGUGUCAAAGUGCAAUGCGUAUGCGGAGGCCCACGGCCUCUCCAAGUUUGUCAUCUACCAGGGACGGUGGAGCGCUGUCUCGCGCGACAUGGAGCGCGACCUCCUCCCCAUGGCUGCGUCGGAGGGCAUGGCCAUCGCCAGCUGGGGCACGAUCGGCCAAGGACGGUUCCAGACCCGCGCCCAGCGCGGCAAGGCUACCGAGGGGCGCAGUGCCGGCGCCUUGACCGACCAGGACAUUGCGGCGUCGGACGCGAUGGAGAAGGUCGCCAUUGAGCUCGGUGUCAAGAACCUCGCCACCAUUGCGCUGGCGUACGUUUUCGCCAAGUACCCUUACGUCUUCCCCGUCAUCGGUGGGCGCAAGGUCGAGCACCUCGAGUCCAACCUUGGCGCGCUCGACAUUUCCCUCACCCCCGAGCAGGUCAAGAGCAUCGAUGCCGCCUUGCCGUUCGAGUACGGCGAGCCCAUGUCCAUGUUCGGCCUCGACCCGCGCGUUUGGGGAUGGCAGCAGCACGCCCAGCUCCAGGCUGCUGGUAUUGUCGACUACGUCAAGUGGCCUCAGGCCAUUGACAUGACCCAGGCUCGCGCGAGCGAUGCCGAGGGUAAGGAGCGCAACCCGAUUGUCUGA